GAAAUCCUCUUCAGUACACAAUCAGCCGGCUCCUACGAUCAUCAGAAAUCUCUCAUCGACGCCGCCAUCGCUACAAGUAUACCUCGAUUCGUCGCUGCAGAGUGGAGCCAUGAUAGCAGCAACGAAGUUAUUCAGGACCUGCUGCCGCCCUACAAAGAAAGAGCAAGAGUUGUAACAUACCUACGCGAGCAAGCACAAAUUGGCAAGAUCGAGUGGACUGCCGUCGCAACGGGCUGCGACUUGGAACGAGCGCUUGUCUCGAGCAAUCUAGGCUUCGACGUCAAGUGGCAGAGCGCAACGAUUCAUGGAACUGGAGCGGAGAUGUUCGCUGCGAGCUCAAGUGCUUGGCCGGGCACAGUCGCCAUUGCAAUGAUUCAACAGUGGAGUGAAAUCAAGAACCAAUAUCUAUAUGUGCCGGGAAUGCUCACGAAUGCGAAUGAGAUUCUCGACAAGUUCCAGUCCUCCACUGGAGAAGACGGCGGAAUGAGACAGAAGUGGGAAUCAGACCAUGUGGAUGUCAAAGAGUCGAGGAGGGAGGCGCAGUCGAGAAUGGAACGUGGCUUUCCUGACGCUGCGAUGUUCUUGAUGGAAAGGGCGGUCCUCUUUGAUGAAGACGUGGGCGCUGUGAAGCAGUUUCAGAACAACGAUGGCAAGCAGAGAUUGGGAUUGCAGGCUGAGAUGUUGGACAUUUUGGUCAGGAACGUGGUGCAUGAGGUCAAGCAUCACGGAAAUGGAGGCUGUGGCUGCGAUUAG